AUGACCUCAGAAAACUACGCGGUAUUCCGCGAAUGUCUCUCCAAUGCCAUCGUCGCUCGCUCAGAGGGUAAAUCAACAAAGCGAAAGGGCAAGGGAAAGCGCAAUGCGCGCAAAGACGUAACAGAAGACCUCUCAACAGAACGAGCCAAUCCAGAAGAGCUCGCCGAAUUCGUCGAUGUAAGUAGCAAUCUACUGUACUCCGGAAGCCCAUCGACAGAGUCUCAUCCAAACCAAAACCAGUUCCUCGCCUCAGAAACCUUCACUUCCUUCCCAGAACCGCUCCAAACCCUCUCCUACACAGCAACCCAGCAUGACCAUACCCUCAGCACCCUCUACGUUCCCGCAGAUGCAGACACCCCUCUAGAGCGCGGCACCCUCGAAAAGAUAUGCACCCCAAUCCCGCUCUCGGUAACAGACAGCCUAGCAGUCUACGGUAUAAUCCCCGACGCCGUGGACCUCCCAGACUUCCUCUCUCCAAUCCUAUCAGAAUACACAACAAGCGUGACAGCCGGGCCGCCCGUGUGGUCAGAUACACGGACUGACGCGUGCGAGAUCUGUGAGAGAGACUGGAUCCCGCUUUCUUAUCAUCAUCUUAUUCCGAGGGGGGUGCAUGCGAAGGUUGUGAAGAAGGGGUGGCAUGAAGAGUGGAUGUUGAAUAGCGUUGCUUGGCUUUGUCGCGCUUGUCAUAGUUUUGUGCAUCGUAUGGCUAGUAAUGAAGAGCUUGCUAGGGAGUGGUUUACUGUGGAGAGGAUUCUGGAGAGGAAGGAUGUGCAGGAUUGGGCUGGGUGGGUUUCUAAGGUUAGGUGGAAGUCUAGAUAG